AUGCCAUUGCCUCGUGACCUGUCUCUCAUCUCCUCUCCAUCUUUCUUUCUUUCUCUCCUAUCACUGGAUCUUGAAGAGAUCUACAUCUCCCCCGAAGAAGAAGAAGAAGAAGAACCCUUUUCUCUCUGUGAAGUGCAUUUGCUAGAAUCUAGGAUUUUUGAAUCUGAGGAAGACGAUAGGAGGAUGCAGCAAGUUCACGCGAAGAAGAGCAUGAAAGAGAUAGACUUUUUCACAGAGUACGGCGACGCGAACCGUUACCAGAUUCUCGAAGUCAUUGGGAAAGGAAGCUACGGAGUUGUGUGUGCAGCGAUCGACACACACACGGGAGAGAAAGUGGCAAUCAAGAAGAUUAACGACGUCUUUGAACACAUCUCUGACGCUCUCCGUAUCCUCCGUGAGGUCAAGCUUCUCCGCCUCCUAAGGCAUCCUGAUAUAGUUGAGAUCAAGAGCAUCAUGCUCCCACCGUCCAAGAGGGAGUUUAGAGAUAUUUAUGUUGUGUUUGAGCUCAUGGAGUCGGAUUUGCAUCAAGUCAUCAAAGCUAAUGAUGACUUGACUAAGGAGCAUCAUCAGUUUUUCCUUUAUCAGAUGCUACGUGCCUUGAAGUAUAUGCAUACAGCUAAUGUUUACCAUCGUGAUUUGAAACCGAAGAACAUUCUGGCUAAUGCAAACUGCAAGUUGAAAGUUUGUGACUUUGGAUUAGCGAGAGUGUCAUUCAAUGAUACGCCUACGACAGUCUUUUGGACGGAUUAUGUUGCCACAAGAUGGUACAGGGCACCUGAGCUCUGUGGUUCAUUCUGUUCUAAGUAUACUCCAGCUAUUGACAUUUGGAGCAUUGGCUGCAUCUUUGCGGAGGUGUUGUUAGGGAAGCCUCUGUUUCCUGGUAAAAGUGUCGUCCAUCAGUUAGAGCUCAUCACAGAUCUUCUUGGCACACCAAAACCAGAGACCAUUGCUGGAGUAUGUUCAUUUUUGCUUCCUUAUUACCAAGUUUCUAUGUUUGACAUGCAUAAACUAAUACUAUUAUCUCUAACGCAGGUUCGAAACGAAAAAGCUCGAAAAUACCUUGGCGAGAUGAGGAAGAAAAGUCUUGUCCCCUUUACGCAGAAGUUUCCUAACGCAGAUCCUUUAGCAUUGCGCCUUUUGCAAAGACUAUUGGCUUUUGAUCCAAAGGAUAGACCAACUGCUACAGAGGCACUUGCUGAUCCUUACUUUAAGGGUCUUGCUAAGGUCGAAAGGGAACCUUCUUGUCAGCAAAUCUCGAAGAUGGAAUUUGAGUUUGAGAGAAGAAGGUUAACAAAGGAUGACAUUAGAGAGCUAAUAUACAGGGAGAUACUAGAAUACCAUCCUCAGUUGCUCAAAGAUUAUAUGAACGGAUCUGAAGGCUCCAGUUUCUUAUAUCCUAGUGCCAUUGGUCAUCUGAGGAAACAGUUUGCUUACCUAGAAGAGAAUAGCGGCAAAAGUGGACCAGUUAUACCUCCAGAGAGAAAGCAUACUUCACUUCCACGGUCUACAGUUCACUCCAGUGUAGUAUCCUCCAGUGCUCAGCCUGUCUUGAAUGCAUCAGACAGUAGACGUGUUUCUUUUGAGCCUUCAAGAAACGGAGUAGUUCCAUCAACAACUUCAGCAAAUUCAAACAAACCUUUAGGACCUCCUCCAAGAGUACCAUCAGCUAGACCAGGCCGUGCAGUGGAAUCAUCUAUAACUUAUGAGAAUGCCAGGAACAACCUCAAAGAUUCUUCCCAUGAUGCAAGGACAUCUUAUUACAGAAGCACGGUACCUCCUCCACAGACCGUAACUCCUAACUGUUCCUUCCAUCCUAACGCCAUGAACCAAGAGAAGCGUGGUGGUGGUACAGAACCAAAACCUCAGUUUGUCCCAACCCAAUGCAACUCUGCGAAGCCAGCAGCUGAGCUGAACCCAAACCCUUAUGUCCAAUCACAGCACAAGGUGGGUAUUGAUGCUAAGCUGUUGCAGGCACAAUCCCAGUAUGGUCCUGCUGGAGCUGCCGCUGUUGCAGUAGCAGCACACCGGAGCAUAGGCACGGUUGGGUAUGGCAUGUCUUAGAAUUAGCAGUUUGUUGGUGUCAGGUGAUUGAGCCGGUCGUUAGUGGUUAUGUGUAAUGUAAGUAUUAUUGGAUCAAGCCUGAUUUGAACUCAUCUGAGAUUUGUAAUAAUAAAGAAAGUUUUAGUUUUAACC